AUGGGUGUACCUAUCAAUACCCAUUCGACAUACAAUUCCAGCGCGGCGCGCAAUGGACCGUUUGGGCUACGUCGCUAUGCCUCGGGUCGCCCGCGGACAGGCUCGAUACAGCAGGUGCGGCUCCCAGCUAGAUUGAAUGUAAAUAUGACACGUUGGCUCAGCGACAACCAUCGUUUGCCGAUUAUUUCCCCGAUUAUUGAUCAUGAUACUGGCCUCCCGCGACCACCUACGCCACCAAUCCGGGUAGAUCAUCCUGAGCCCCCCCUGGAACGGCAAGCCGACUACAGGCUUGUGCGGAAUCCUAAUAAUUCAGGCUCGUAUUUGGUGGAGGCAAUGUCCAGCCCCGAAAACGCGGCGACACCUGCCAGCGACAGCUCUUCUGUGCAACGGCGUCGCAGACGAAGUAUCAGUCCCCGCACUCGGCCUGAGCUUCGACGUAACAAUGCGGUGAGAUAUCCACGAAUUGAAAACAUUGAUGGUCGAGGCCUGGACCAAGAUGAGGAUGAUCAAGCCCAGGGCGACAUUGAUCGGAUGCGAGAAGAGCUUAUGGCUGUGAGGCGGUACUGGAGGUCGUUGGCACAUUCUAAUCAAAGUACCAGUGAUCUGCCCCUGUUGAAUCGUGAACCCAACACAACUACCGGCGACCCAUCACCGGUCCAAAUAGCGGAACGCGACCUCCCGCUACCGGCGAAUGUCUCUAGUCGGGUAAGCUGUAAAGUCCUGAAAAUCACUGGGCGGCCAAGCAGGGCAAGGCCUCGACGGCGAGAUGGCAUACGACGAACACACCGCUUUAAUUUAAACGACCCACCUGGCCAGCGAGCUGAAGAAUUGGUUGUAUGGGCCCGGCUCUUCGACUCCAACAGCCCCGACUCGUCCCCGAGCUCACCGGAAGGAAGGCACCUUUUAGAGGAGUACUACCAAGACAUGGACCUUGAGAGCGCAAUUCGCGGUUACGAAACGGUAGACAUAGCGAACCCGUCGCGGCAUUCCCGGUUCCCCGUGUCUGACGAACGAUCCUCGGGCCAUCGCCAUGUCAGGUUUGUGACCGACGAAGACGGGCGAGUGCGGACCAUUGGACCAGGCCAAAUGCAUUGA